UAGUCGACGAUCUUUAGCUCAGCAACAAAGAAGAGCACAUAAGAAAGAAGCACAAGAAAGCGAAUUGAGCCGAAGGGGCAUAGUUCAACAACAAAGACACUCACAUGAAAGAGAAGCUCCAGGGAAUGAACCAAAUCAAAGGUCUAUAGCUCAGCAACAAAGAAGAGCACGUGAGCGAGAAAUCCAUGAAAAUGAGCCAGGGUUAAGAGUUAUUGCCCAAC